ACAUCUCUUCCCCUCCUAGGAAUAUCCGUUAACAGCGCAUCUUCUUGCUCUCUCCACGAAUCCUCCAGCGAUUACCGCUUAACCCGCCAUCAUGCAAAUCUUCGUCAAGACCCUGACCGGUAAGACUAUCACCCUCGAGGUGGAGUCAUCCGACACCAUCGACAAUGUGAAGUCCAAGAUUCAGGACAAGGAGGGUAUCCCUCCUGACCAGCAGCGUCUUAUCUUUGCUGGCAAGCAACUCGAGGACGGCCGAACUCUGUCCGACUACAACAUCCAGAAGGAGUCAACUCUCCACCUGGUUCUCCGCCUUCGUGGUGGUAUGCAGAUCUUCGUCAAGACCCUCACCGGAAAGACCAUCACCCUCGAGGUGGAAUCUUCUGAUACCAUCGACAAUGUGAAGUCGAAGAUCCAGGACAAGGAGGGUAUCCCUCCUGACCAGCAGCGACUCAUCUUCGCUGGUAAGCAGCUUGAGGAUGGCCGAACCCUCUCCGACUACAACAUUCAGAAGGAGUCCACUCUUCACCUUGUCCUUCGUCUUCGUGGUGGUAUGCAGAUUUUCGUCAAGACCCUGACUGGCAAGACUAUCACCCUCGAGGUGGAGUCUUCUGAUACCAUCGACAAUGUCAAGUCAAAGAUUCAGGAUAAGGAGGGUAUCCCCCCGGAUCAGCAGCGUCUUAUCUUUGCUGGCAAGCAGCUUGAGGACGGCCGCACUUUGAGCGACUACAACAUUCAGAAGGAGAGCACACUUCACCUUGUCCUCCGUCUCCGUGGUGGUAUGCAAAUCUUUGUCAAGACCCUGACCGGCAAGACUAUCACCCUCGAGGUGGAGUCUUCUGAUACCAUCGACAACGUCAAGUCCAAGAUCCAAGACAAGGAGGGCAUUCCUCCUGACCAGCAGCGCUUGAUCUUCGCUGGUAAGCAGCUGGAAGACGGUCGCACCUUGAGCGACUACAACAUCCAGAAGGAGAGCACACUGCACUUGGUCCUUCGCCUUCGUGGUGGCCAGUAAACGUGCCUUUUGCUUACGACCGCACUGUUAUGACUGAAUUGGACGGUUCGGCGUUUUUGGGAACUUCUUUUUAAAGCAGAUAUGGGAACUUGGCCAUCUACACUGGUCAUCAAUAGUUUAUUUUAGCACAUUUCAGCGUUGCCAUUAUUGCGGCACGCUUCAAUACAGCUCUGACUAGUCAAUAUUGACAAGUCUCGCAAACUU